AUGAAGUAUGCACUUUUCCACGUGGCGAAAGACAGAGAGGAUCCCUCAGCAAAGGUUCUAGGGGUCGCAUGCUGGCUUGCUCCCACCAACCCAUUUGCACCGCAGACAUGGAGUGACUACUUUGGAAGCUGGUGGCUCUGGCUUGAGCAGGUCAAGAUGAACCUCUGGUAUGGACGUGGUGGUCUCAAUACCAAGCGAUACUACAUCUGGAAGACGGCUCAAGCAGAAGCUCAAAAGACACUCUGGACCGAUGAAAAAGGAUACUACUUCUGCAACAUAGUCACUGUGCUGCCGGAGACGCAAGGUCAGGGGGUCGGUAAGAUUUUGUUCAAGCAUGUCACGGAUCAGGCAGAUGUAGAGGCCCUAGAGGGCCGAAAGUGCCAUCUGGAGAGCAGCAGAGCUGAACCGAACAUGGCCAUUUAUGAACGCAUGGGGUUCAAGCUGGCGAAGGAGAUGACCUGCGAUGAUCAUGGAGAUACCAUCAAGCUCUACUGCAUGGUGAGAGAUCCAAAUCCUGGUUGA